AUGUCAAGUAUUAAUUUAGAGACAAUUUUUAAUGCCGAUAAUGUUUAUUCUGCUGUUAAACCAAUAUCCGUGUGCACUUAUAUUGGUGGAUUAGGACCAAUACUGCCGAAUAAUGACAAUUUUGCAACUAAAAUAAUUGGAUAUAUUUUCAGUAUAUUACACAUAGCCGUAUAUUUUACAUGUUGUGCUAUUUCUAUAUAUCAAAAACAAACAGUUGUAGGAUAUUUUUUCCAUAAUAGUGUUACCAGAAUUGGUGAUUUUUUACAAGGAAUUUGUGGAAUUUUAAUUAUGUGCAUCCUUUUUAUCAAUAAAAAAAUUCUUCAUUAUUCAUAUUUAAUAACCUUUAUAAUUUUUAUAUUUAAUUUUUUAUAUUAUUUUGGUUGCUUUUAUUUAUUAAAAUUUACUGGCAUAAAUCCAUCCUUUGAAGUUUACUCAACAUUUGUAAUGCCAUAUAUUCACAUGGCAUUGGUUUUGGUCAAAUUUAAAAGUUAUAUGAAAUUAAUUGCAUUCAGAAUAUCUAUGUUAAAUCAGAAUGCUAAGGGCAAUAGUUCUAUAUAUAAUUUUGGUACAUCAAUGAAACUAGUAGUUUAUAUAAUGUAG